GGGAAGAGAGAUAUGUACAAUCGUUACGGAACUCCCCCUCUAGUGUGAGUAACAGACCGAAGCUCGAUACUUGUAUGUCAUUGUAGUCUGGAUGUGAGAAAGACUGCACGUCCGAAACGUGUUCGGUGGUGCGAUUUCGAGUUUGGGUCGUGAGAUGCUUGGGGUGCAGAAGAGAGAACAGAGUUGUCACAUGGGCUGAGUCGGAGGCGUACUUAGGAAGGUGGGCUGGUCAGUGACAUGAAUGUCCAUGGGUUUCGGUAGUGGUCGCGUCUCGAUUUAAGCCGGCCUCAAGUAGUAAAUACUCAGUUUCCCGAUAACCAUUUCUAUCCAGCACGAAGUACUUCUCUUUCCGGUCAACAACCUUAAAGGGGCCCACGUAAUGCGGUCUCAGAGGUUUACGGACGGAAUCGACACGCACGAGAACAAAGGGGCAAGUGCGCAAAUCCGGGUGUAUCUGUUGACUUCCAGGAUUGGUUUGCGGUGGUGUUGGACGAAGUGUACUAAAGUGUUGCUUCAGGUGUGUGACGUAGGUGGUCGGAUCAACGCCUCCAGUAACCCUUUAGUCUAGCACCAUUUCUCCAGGAAUUCUGAGAGUAGUGCCAAAGACCAACUCAGUGGGACAACCGCCAAUGUCUUCUUUAAUGGUGUUACGAAUACCAAGGAAGAUAAUCGGUAGACGUUCUGACCAUUGUGAGUUCGACUGCGAAGCAGUAAUUGCGGCUGUAAGUUGGCGAUAGAAACGUUCAACGAUGACCUUAGCAUCUGGGUGAUGGGCCGUUGUCCGUAGGUGAGAACAACCGAGAAAGCGAUUCAUGUCACGAAACAAGGCAGAAUAGAAUUGGGGCCUUCUACCGGUUAUAGUAGUGGCUGGCGUACCAAAGACGGAAAUCCAAUUCUCAAUGAAUGUUCGCGUCACAGUUUCUGUAGAAGCAUCACGUAAAGGCACAACAAGUGGCCAACGCGUAUGACGAUCAACACGUGUCGAUAAGUGGACAAAACCGUUGGAUGGAGGCAAGUGUCCAAAAAUGUCAAGAUAAACGUUUGAAACGAGCGUCGGGAAGAGCAAACGUGCCGGGGAAGACAAUCGUUUAACGGUGGAUCUUGCUGGUUUGGCAAGUGAUACAGUGUUUGGUCCACUGCUGGAUCUCGGAUCGCAUGUUGUUCCAAAUGAAGCGAUGAGCAAUCAGCUUGACGGUAGCUCUGGUGUGAGAUUCCAUGUAGGUGGUCAACGACAAUACGGCGGUAUUACUGAGGGACAUAAGGCCGGGGCUUGCCGGUAGAAAUGUCACAGUAAAUUUUGAACUCUGAGUUAAGGAUUGGCGACUGGGAUAUUUCGAUUGAUGGAUUUGAUCUCAGUUGCACAAACUCAGGAUCUCCUUCCUAAUGAGCUGCUAUGUCUUCUAACUUAAUCCUCUGCCGUGAAACUUCUUGAAGACAUACGCGACAUGGCAUCGGCGACAAAAUUAUUGGCAGCAUCAACAUAUCAUCAUCAUCAUCAUCAUACACGUUAGCUAGAGGUGGGGAACACCUCAGCUACUGUGCCGAAAUACAUAGAAAAAAGGAGAAAAAAUGCAACUGGUGCAAGCUGGCUGAGCUACCGGUAACGGAUGGGCAUCGUUCCGGUAAGCUACCAGCCGGCUGCUGUGCACCAAAAAAAUUACUAUGCAAAAUUAUAUAAGGCUAAAUAAUGAGAUCGUGGUUGGAGGGGGAGGCUAAGAGGGAUGGGGUGGGACAAAGAAACUCACAGCACGAACGCCACUGAGGUCGGCUCCUAGCCAUAUCAGCA